AUGGAGGCUGAAGAUAGAUGGCGCGGACAGACCACCACAAGUGGGCCGCACGCUGGCAAGUCGUGGUGGGCCUGGGGUCGAGUUUCAGAGCUGCGAGGUCUCUUACAAGAACUCGCGACCUCGUUCGGCCUGUCCUCUGCUAACCUCGACCAGCUCUGCCCUCCAACUGUGCUGGAAAUUGGGGAGCAGCUGCCGAAGCCUCGCAUUCAGCUCGCCUCGUUGCCUGACAAGGUUCGUAGCUUCUGCAAGGACGACGAUUUCGAGCGCCUGUUCCACUCCCGAGGCCGGGACGUGGCAGCCCUCUUAGACGUUUGCUCCCAACGCCGCAUUGCCGUGGUACCUUUCGGUGGGGGAUCAAGUGUUGUUGGUGGAGUGGAGCCAGUUUCAGCCGAUGAUGGUUUCUCUGGCUGCGUGGCUCUGGAUUUGGCAAAGAUGGACCAGGUGCUGGAGUUCGAUGAGAUGUCUCAGUGCGUUCGUGUGCAGGCUGGCAUGUACGGGCCAGCGCUAGAAGACAGCUUGCGCCAGAGAGGGCUGACGUUGAGAUACUAUCCGCAAUCCUUCGAGUUUUCGACCGUCGGCGGAUGGAUUGCCACCAAGGGAGGUGGGCACUUUGCAACAGGGCCCACACACAUCGAUGACCUGGUCCAGAGCCUGCGAGUGGUGAGUCCGAACGGUACGACCGAAACGCGUCGCGUGCCAGCGUCUGGAGCCGGACCCUCGGAGCUCAGGCUGUAUGCUGGCUCGGAGGGCACGCUUGGCGUGAUAACUGAGAGCUGGCUCAAGGUGCGCCCUCGCCCGCAGACCAGAGCUUCUGCCACCGUGGUCUUCCAGGCAAAGGGUGAUGCAGACGCAGCAUUCGAGCUGGGCGCCCACUGCGUGAGAGACAUGGCGCAGACAGGGCUCCAGCCUGCGAAUCUGAGGCUAGUGGCCGGGCCGGAAGUGGUGCGAUCAGCUGGGCUUUCACAGCAGGAGCGCGAGUUGCUGGCAGCUGCCGCGGUGCUCCUCAUCGGGUUCGAAGGUAGCAUCUAUGUGCGAACUAGAUUGCAAGCUGUGGCAGAGAAGCGGGGCGGUCUCCUGGUCUCGCAGAAGCUGGCUGAAGAGGUCAGCCAGAAGCAGGACAACUCUGGUGAAAGGUCGGGCAUUGCAGGAUCCUGGGGGAAGGGCUUCAUGCGAGGAGGCUAUCUCAUGUCUGCCGCCUGCCUUUUUCCUUCAGUGCUGGUGAAUACUUUGGAAACUGCCUGCACUUGGGCAUCUUUUUUGCCACUGCAUCGGUCUGUGCUCAACGCAGCACGGACAGCCAUGAAGCGGGAGUGUGGGGUUCAAGGGCAAGUGACUUGUCGCUUCACGCAUGUCUACCCAGAUGGGCCAGCUCCCUAUUAUACGUUUGUGGUGAUCGGGCUGGCUGCUACGCCAGGCGAGGAUUCGAGAGUGAGGAUGUGGCAAAACAUCAAGAGAGAUGUAAUGCAGGCGAUCAUGGAUCACGGAGGCACGUCCACGCAUCACCAUGCGGUUGGGCAGUUGCACUUACCUCAGUACCGGGCAGAAAGAGGAGCCCUGUUCGGCUCCACACUCGCGGCUAUGAAGGCUGCGCACGACUCUGCCGGCAUUAUGAACCCCAGGGUUCUGGGGCCUUCAAUCGAGGCACCUCCCUCAAAGCUUUGA